AUGGUUUCGAACCUUCCAGAUCCCUACGGUCGAGGUUAUAAAAUGCCAGUUCUACCCACUGAAUUAUCCGCUCGCAUCAAGUCGAAGUUGCGGAACCGAAAAGGAUUGAAGCGACUUUCUCGUUAUAGACCCUUAAGAAAUUAUCAAAAGCCUAAAUGGACAAAUUUAAAAUUACCACUGAUGAAUUAUGCGGUGUCAUGA